AUGUCAAAUAAAUUGACAGAAGUAUUAUCUAGGAAGCUUGAUUUCGUAAGCGAUACUCCAAUUGAUGCAUUCUUUCAAGAGUUAGAUGAAUUCCUUAAACCUAUAAAACAUAAUGACGAUAUUGGUGAUAUCUACGAAUCAUUAAACUUAAGCAACAAGGAACUUAUAGAAAAAUUAGCGAAGUUCUUGACUAGAUUAUGUAGUCUAGUCGCAGAAAAACAACAAGAAAAUGCGGACAUAAUACCGAUCUCAUUACAUGAUAUGAAGGAUUUUGAUACCCUAAUCAAUUUAUUGGUAAUUCAUGGGAUCACUGCAAAUCUACCAAUUGAUAUUGGGAUACCCAUAGAACAAAGGAGACUUGAUGUAUUCAAAGAAGAAAAUAAACUGUACAAAGUUCCAAAUGGAAAGAUCGCAGAUGUUGAGACAUUGAAGGUUGCCCUAUUGGCUUUUGAAUCGAUAUUUUUACACACUCCAGAAAACAAUUAUGUUAGAAAGAUAAUUUUGAAAGGCGGACCCGGAUAUUCCGAUACAAUGAUUGGGUAUAUGGCUUUAAUGUGUACCACGGGAAAUGCUGCUUUUGAAGAAAAAUUAAGAAAAAUGGAAACCAUCAAGGAUACGUAUUCCUUAUUCGAGAUAUAUUCAUUACUUCUUUCAACGAUAAAAAACGACAAAGCUAAGGCUUGGCCUCUUAAUAGAUUAAGUUUACUUGUAAUAGAACGGAGUGAUGGUUUGAUUUCUUUAAUAGAUUUUGUGAUUGGUCUAAGAGAGGAUGUUCAAGUUGAUACCUCAAAGUUCGAAAGAGUUAAUCAAAUUGUAACAUCAAAACCAAGGUCAAUAUCCAGUGUGGAGUACUUCGACAAAUUAUUCGUACAAAUAUAUGAAGGUUUAACUCAUAUCGAUAAACCAAUAUUGGUAAGUUGCUUGAAUGGGUUAGUAACCGCUUUUUACCUAAAGAAUAAACGUAUUGUCAAAGAUUUCCUUUUCAGUAAAAUUUACGGGAUAUUAUACAACCUGGAUUCAAAAGAUAUAUCAGUGAAAGAGCUCAACGAUAUGAUAAAUGUUCUCAUUUCUUUGGAACGUACUCCUUAUGUUGAAGUCAUUAAUGAGAUGAUACUAGGACAUAAUAAUGGUCAGAGUUUUUAUUUGAAUUUAUGGAUAUAUUCUAUGUUUUUGAAGAACCAUCAAAAAAUCGCACCAGAUGGUGCGAAAGAUCACUACUAUAAUAUCAUUCUUGGUUUGAUUAAAACUUAUAUGGUCAUAACUGAAGGCUACAAAUAUCUUCAUGUUAUCUUAUUGAACAUGGUAAAUUAUGAUCAUGAUUCGUGGGAGUACAAAAUUGAUCUUGAAACUCAUUUAGCAUAUAUCACUGUCAAGGAGCAGAGAAUCUCGGAAGAUCUUGGGAUUGGGAAGCUCAGUGUGGAGGAAGAAACAACUAAACGAUUUCAAAAACUUUUCAUGGAUAUUGAUCCGGCAGUUGAACUGUUUAUUGAACUUUUGGCUAGAAUCGACGACCAGCAGGUUAACAAAUCGAUAUUCUCCGCAGUGAUCAAUAACUGGCUUAUGCAAGAGCCAAGAAAUUCAUCUGAAUCUAACCAAUCACUAAAUUUUGUGAAUGAUGAGAGAAAUAAUUCUUUUGCUGACAGUUUGCAAUCGAUGAUAUUUUUGAAGGUUUUGGAAAAGAUGAACGAAGUCUUCAAAUCAAACAUGUUGGCUGAACCUGCAGAUUUAUUAGUUAUUAUUUUGCAAAUAUUAGACUUUACUCGCGAUUCUAAAGAAAUUUCAGUUGAACCUGACUCAGAUGAUGAGGAUGAAGAUGACGCUGCCAAUUUGACUAAUUUUACGGAGAAUAAUGACGGAGACAUGAUUAUUAAUGAUAAUACACUUGAAGUAGCGCUAAAACUAAUCAAUUCAAUUAUUCCAACAUUUCAUUCUGCAUAUAGUCCAAAAGAAAAAGAAUUAUUGUCAUCAAUCCAAAAAAAAAUUGAACCCUUUGUCAGUAGGGAUGAUUGCAAAGAACUCUAUGAUCAGAUUUCAGAUGUUUUAUUGUUGCCAACCUCUCAAGCCGAAGCAAACAGUUCCAAUGAACAAGAUAAAGCACUUUUGAAGAAGGCAUUGACAAAUGUCAACGAUCCUCUAGUUCCUAUUCGAGCACAUGGUUUGCUUCAACUAAGACAGCUAAUUGAAAAGAAAUCUCCUCUCAUUGAUGUAAAAAAAGUAUUCGCAAUACAUAUUACCCAACUUCAUGAUCAAGAUGCUUUCAUUUAUUUGAAUGUUAUAAGAGGUUUGGGAGUUCUUGUGCAAUUUGCACCCAAUGAAACUUUGGAUCUACUCUUGCAAUUUUAUCGUGCUUGUAGAAAUAAAAACAGCGUAGAUGACAUCUUAAAGGUUGGUGAGGUAUUUAUUCAUUAUGUGUCAGUUCAAGGUAAAUCAUUUUCAGGUCCUAAGGCUGCAAAAUUGAUUGAAGUAUGUUUGGAGAACAUACGGGCAAAAGAUCAACUUGAUAACAGGAUAAGAAUGUCCUCGAUGUCAAUAUUGGGGCAGUGCCUUGAAUCUAAUGCUUUGGGAAUUCGAGGUUUGAUUGCUGAUAUUCUUGACUGUGCAUUUGGGAUAUUAACAUUUGAAACGGGUAAUGAUACAGAUGAUAUCAAUAUAAAGAAAAACUCUGCAAUCAUGCGCAGAAGCGCAGUUCAUGUGGUUUAUGAUCUCAUGUUAAAUUCUGGUCUUAACCUAUUCCCAGAAAAUUAUCCCCCUGAAAAGAUUAAGAGCACAUUAGAGUACGUUGCAACACAGGACGAUGAUUACCUUGUUUGCGAACAGAUAAAAACUGUUUCAAACCACCUAGAAGCCCUUCUGCAGGAGAAGGUAAUAGGAGGUUUGGCAAAUUAA